AUGCACGAGAUUGGGAGGGCGACGAGCCCAACAAGAGAUGCUGAACCUCCUCGGGUGAAAGUUUUCCGGUCGACGCGCUCCGGUCGAGCGUUCUCACCGUGGUCUCGAGAGAACGUUAUCCAGCCAUCAGCUUCGUUCAGCCUGGAGGAAGCGCUUGCUGACUGUGAGGGCCGUGCUUACAGUCAGGACGUUUUGGAUAGGGCUGUGGAUGACGACGAGGAUAACGUUGACCUCACUUCAGACCCUUAUUGGUCAGUUGUGACUCAGUCUACAGCUCCAAUAGCCUCUUCGUUACCUCCAGCCUCUUCGUCAUCUCUACCCUCCUCCGACCACUCCACGCUCACUAUAUCCAACAACCUGCCUCCUUCAUCCGCCGCCUCUAUCCCUUUGGGUAUGACGCCGCCCUCUGCUCCUAUUACCUCUACCUCACCAACAACGUCCCUCUCUUCUACGUUCUCCCCUAAGCAAAAGGCAGCAUAUCAUCGCCUCCAGCAGAAGAAGAAGCGCCGGAGAAGGGAGGAUGAAGCCAAGUCGACUCUACUCGGGUCACGAGGCAUGCAUAGUCUUAAACAGAAAGAGGUCUCGCUGAAGAGGAAGGCUGGCGUGCAUGCUGUUCCCGUGAAAGGCGACCAGCAGGUGUUUCACAGAGGGAAGUCCGGCUACCAGGGUGUUAACCAGAAGGCAACCCCGGAUGCAGGGCGGGAAUACAGGCUGGAUGAUCCUGUGAUCAAGGGCAUGCAGUACGUUGAAUGGGAUGGAGUAACACCCAAGGCCGUUGCUGACCCGGAUUGUGACGGCCGGGUCCUGGUAGUCCUUGCUGGUGCUCCCCGUGAGGGCUGGGAUGAAGUUUGUCAAGGAGCUUCCGAGGCCAUGCUCGCUGCUGGCAAGAAGUUCAACUGCUCGGACAAGAAAAAGGCUCACCGCCGGGGAGUUUUCCCUGUGGCCACCACAGGUAUAUCAUAUGGAGGUGGACGAAAGGUCGGUCGCAUCUGCUCUAUUGCCGCAAACUGGUAUUGA